CAAACAAUCCAAAACGGAAAUUCCAUGUUAAAGGGCACAAAAUAAAGAAUUUCACCUCGAAAUUUGUGCCUUAACGAUGUCUGUGUUCGUUGUACCUGUCGACGCCUCCAACGACGCCAAUCCUCAAGAAGCGGAAGUCACAAAUCAACAAGUUAUUCUCGGUCGAAGCUUUCUCGUAUUCAGCUGUGAUGACACCCGGAUAUCACGAAAUCAGGGCAUUUUGACACACAAAACUGCGUUUUCGGAUCGAGUGACCAUUAAAGCGACACAUUUGAACCCCCUUUACUACAAAGUUGAUGGCAGUUCCCAUAUUGACACGUUACUGAAAGAGAAGGAAGUCGCCUUGAGAGAUGGCGAUCAGUUCGGAUUCCUUCCCGACAAGUGUUGGUUCAAAAUUUCCAUUAAAAAGACUGAUUUAGAGACAAAUAAUGUUCAAGCGGCGUCUCUAAUGUUGCGAGUGAGACCUUUGGCGGAAUUAAAUGACUCCCAAAACUUUCCGGAAAUACUUCCGCAAGUCAUGCCGGCGUCAUCGUCGACGUCAGAAGUGUCCCAAAUAGUCGAGGAACGAGAUUUAAUCGUUCUGCCGACGCCAGAUUUCAAUUUUGAGGCACAAAAUGUGACAUCAAGUGAGGUCCAAAGCAAUCCAGAGCAAGAAACUGUCCGAGUCAAACGCGAAAUUGAAGAUGAAACUGCCGAAAAUCACAAAAAAUUGAAAACUAACGACGUUCCAAGCACUUCUCAGGCCUCGACAUCCGCCGUUGUGAAAAAGGAAGAGCCCGAUUCGACAGACGAGCCUUUGCGGGACUCUUGUGAGUUCGGGAUUCGAUGUUAUCGUCGCAACGUAGAGCAUCGCAGGCAACUUGCCCAUCCCGGAGACGCCGAUUAUCGUCGCCCAAACUAUCCGCCUGCGCCGCCAGGCUCCCCAAUGUGUCCUUAUGCCGCCCGCUGUUAUCGCCGCAAUCCCGAUCACUUUUUGGAAUACGCCCAUCCGCCUUCAAGUAUAUACCUUUCGGGUCCAAGCAGUUGUAGCGACGGCGGAAAGGCCUCGACAUCCACAGGAGCUCCAGUUUGGCUUCCAAAACCGAUGCCCCAACCAAAAAAUGAGCCGGAAAGUGACGAAAGUGAAGAAGAAAAUGUCGAGGAGGAAGACGAGGGUGACUUUAGUGCCGACGAAGCUGAUGAGGAUUUCGUGCUAAAUGGCGAUCAAGCAUCCAGCGACGACGAAAUCGACGAAAUUGACUCAAAUUUGGAGGAAUCCGACGAUAAUAGUGCCAUUUUGGAUGACGGCGAUGCCAAUGAAGAUUAAUUUUUAACCAGAAAUAAACGA